CUCAUUGGACACAGUCUAGCCGGGAGCAGCCCGUUACGUAGUUAAUACCUCGUGUCGAUCAGUCUGCAGGUGCGUACUUGGAGUUGUUCGGCUUCUAACCACUGUUAUGCUCUAUCUUUCCAGCCUGCACUUCUGAAGCUUGGUAGGAGGUCCACAGGCAGUGACAAAAUGGAGGCUUCUCGACCAUCAAUGCCAUCCCGGUCUCGUACCACGCCUGUGAUUCCUACCGUCACUAGCCCGGACCAUCCAAUGGCCAUCCGCUCCGAGUAUAUGACGAGCCAAGACACAAUGAUCAAGAUUCGAGAGCUCGAUAACAACGUCCACACACGGGAUUUCGUCAUCACCGACGACGACUCCACGCUGAUGCAAAUCUCCGGCCGCACAAUCAGCCGCAACCUCAAGCGCGAGUUUACCGACGCUACCGGGCUACCGCUGUUCGAGCUCCGCCGCAACCCAUCCCAGAAGCAGGCAGGCGAGUGGUCUGUCAGCCUACCCGGAGCAGACGAUGGCAACGACGUCCUGUGGAUCAACUUCAAGAUGUUCUUCGUCCACACGCGUUUCGACAUCAAAUUCCGGAAUCUCGCCCCACCAUCUACCGACCAGACGCAAAGCUACCAAGAUGCCGUGGCGCUCGAAGUACGAGGGCAGGAUCUCUCGAACCUCGUGGCAUACGUGACCUACAACAACAAACGCAUCAUGCACGUGCGCCGCGAAGGCGACGAAUCCGGCACCCGCGCCGCAUACAAGCACGCCUACGGCUACCGCACACAAUGGGAAGUCAUGGUCGCCGCCGGCGUCGACGUCUCCCUCGCGGCCAUCAUCGUCAUCAUCCUUGCCGAACAACGCGGGUGAAAUGAA